AUGGCUCCAUCACUGAGCCUGCGUCCUCGCACUGGCGAGCGACCUCCUACACGAGACAAUGCCGACCACAGUCUUAUCAUUCCCAGUCGGACCUCUUCUCUGCACUCGAGGAUCACCCAGCCGCUCCCUUCGACACUCAACGUCAAGCAAGGCGCCAGAAGCCCGAAGACAUUGACCCAUGCCUAUAUGGUAUGCGGUGUUGGACGUGAACCUUCACAAUGGGUGAAGGCGCCUGCCCCAGCGCAGGGUAAGAUUGGACACAUGAAGGGAGCUGUUGGAACCUUCUGGCUUCCAGAGAUCCUCGGAAGCAGCCCGAGACUCGAGCAAGACAACGACAUUGCGAGGUCUCUGCACGCUGCUAUGCGAGACUCUUCCCACACUCUCUACGGUAUCGCCCUGCGCGUUUGGUCUCGAGCAGACGAGAAGCGCGCCGAGACAAUCCGUGACCUUCGCAAACGCAUUGAGCCGGAUUUCUUCGACAACCCAGACGAGACAUACUGGAUCCCUUACUGCCUUAGUUUCCUCUCCCGAUACCCCUUGUACAACCUCCUUGGGGAUUACCUCCGUGGCAUGUGGAUUCACUGGAACAAAGCCACCAACCUUUUCCACGCUGAGGAAGUGUCCCGAAUUCUGAGCUUCCCCGCUCCGCGACUGAACGACUUGGUGCGCAUUGACAUGAAGGACUAUGCUUUGUGCUACCAGUUCCCGUCUUCGCCCACCGGAUUCCAGAAUUUCGCCAUGUGGCCCCUGUUCACCUGUCUCUCCAUUCCCAACAUUGUUGGUGUAAUCGAGGCUGCUGUGUCACCUACUCGACGAAUCAUCUUCACAAGCCACUACCCAGCGAUGCUCACUAUUGCAGCUGAGACAGUCCGCUUUUGUGUGAGGGUAUACGAGUGGAGUGGCCUAUACGUGCCGGUCGUGCAUGCCCGUCAUGUCAAGGACUUGGUUCAGGAGCCGGGCCCAUACAUCCUCGGUGUAACUUCUGAAUGCCGAUCGCUGUUCACGGCGCCCACAGAUGCCCUCGUUGUAGACUUGGACAGGAAUUUCGUCCUGACCUCCAGUCCACCCACUGCUCUUACAGCUGGUCAGAGAAGUAAGAUGAUUACUCGUCUUACCCAGGCCCUGAACGGUGAGGUAUCGCCAACUGGUGUUCCACAGCACCUGCGAUCUGCUUACGGUGGCGGCAAGCUCAUUCCGGCUGGCCAAAUCAUCGUCAUGCGCGGAGAAGUUGAGAGCAUCCAGGAUCCGGAUUGGUGGACCCAGGAUGCUGUCAUGUCGGUCAUGGACCACGUGUGCGAGAAGCUCGUGAGUUACUCAGCCGCCCAAUUUCCACCCGGAGCCAACGCUAAUUAUGUUGCACAGGGCCGAAACACCGGGAUGAAGGCCAUCUUUGGGGGCUCCGUGAAGAAGCCUCUAAUGACCAAGGUUUCUAUGCGCCACCUCAAUGAGAUUGUUCGCGAGCGCAACCAGUACUCCCGUGAUGCACAAGAAGCUUGGCAAGAUUUCAUCAACCUCAAGGGUCGCAUGGACACCGAGCUUUCCAAGGUCACUAAGCGCAACAACUUCUUGGUUGAGGAGCUUGAGAGCUGGAAGCAGCAAUUCCUCAAGUUCCAGGCUUUCGCUGAACAGCUCACCAAGGAAACCCAAGACCUUAAGGUCAAGAUUGAAAACCACAAGCGUGAGAAUCGCCGUCUUACCAAUCUCAUCGACCAGCAGAAGGAUGACGCUGCCCGACUUACCAUCCGUUUGUCUGGCACUGAGAAGCAACGUGACGACGCUCUGGAGGCACUUGUUCUCCAGCAAGAAAUUGCCGAAGAGCUCGAGCGUGAAAGGAAGCGCAACAAGAAGGAGCUUUCCGCUCUUCAGCACACCAACAGCGCCAUCGUUCGCCAACGGGAUGAGACGCAACGAGUUGUCCUUCAUCUCCGUGCGUUGAUUGAAGGCCAAACUCACCACAUGGAGCACAUUGUCAAAUCCCUCAACCAGGAUGACAUGACCGGCUACAUUGAGCAAGGCUUUGAGGAUGUCCCAGAAGAAGACGAGUCUGAGCUGUUCGAGGAUGCAGAGGCCGAACAGCAUCCUACGAAGGCCAAGUCUGAGGCUGGCACCGCUCGCAACAGCGUAGCUGGCUUGGACAGCACCCGCGCCUCAAGAGCAAGCACUGCUCAAGCUCACCACCUCGAAGGUGAGGACGUCACACCAGACAUGGAGCAGCAUCUGCACCGCAGCCCCGCACGCAACUCAAAGCGUUUCUCGAACCAGUCCAUGGUCGAUGUCGCUGAUCGCGUUCUCCGCGACAAGACUGACGCUAUUGCGUACAUCAUCCGCAACAUCUCAGAGCAGUGUGCUGCCGCUGUUGAGGGUCUUCAGCUUGCGCAACGUGCAGAUACCGAGGACGGCGACAACCACAGUGACCGCCGCAGCAGCAUGGGCCAAAUGUCCUCCCUUGGUGGACGUGCCCAGUCAACACAGGGCAGCGAGUACGGUGACGAGGACAUGCUUCGUCCUGGCCGUGGAUCCAGCAUUCCUCCCACCCCAGAUCUGAGCCACAGGUCAAGCACAUCCAUGUCCAUGGCUAGCGCAUCAACAACACCAGACCGCCACAGUCUGCAACACCGAUCGCACGAUGUUCCUGACGUGCCCACGCGCAUCCUGGAGCACGACGAUGAUGUCGAGGACUCCAGCGAUCUCCAGGCCGACAUGCUGCCCGUGUCGAAGUACGCCACACCACUACAGAGGCCGGGCCAGACCGUUCGAAAUGGACACUGA